AUGCGGUCUCUGUAUCGGACCGUUGUGGUGAAGAGGGAGCUGAGCCGAAAGGCAAAGCUCUCGAUUUACCGGGACCUCUCCUACAUUAAGAUCAUAGACGUCGGCCAGCGUUACCUGGUGAACCGUGUGUUGGACCACAUCCAGAGCAGGAUCGUGUACUACCUCAUGAACAUUCACAUCACUCCGAGAUCUAUUUAUCUGUGUCGUCAUGGUGAGAGUGAGCUCAACGUCAAGGGCUGCAUCGGAGGAGACUCAGGUCUCACUGUCAGAGGCAAAGAGUUUGCAAAGAAGCUGAGCCACUUCAUCCAGGCCCAGGGAAUCAGCGACCUGAAGGUUUGGACCAGUCAGAUGAAGAGGACGAUCCAGACUGCAGAGGCGCUGAAUGUCCCCUACGAACAGUGGAAAGUCCUAAAUGAAAUUGAUGCAGGUGUUUGUGAGGAGUUGAUGUACGAGGAAAUCCAGGAGAACUACCCUCUGGAGUUUGCUUUGAGAGACCAGGACAAGUAUCGCUAUCGCUACCCAAAGGGAGAGUCGUAUGAGGACCUGGUGCAGCGGUUGGAGCCGGUCAUCAUGGAGCUGGAGCGGCAGGAGAAUGUUCUGGUCGUCUGCCACCAGGCCGUGCUGCGCUGCCUGUUGGCCUACUUCCUGGACAAGCCUGCAGAAGAACUGCCGUACCUCAAGUGCCCGUUACAUACUGUGCUCAAGCUGACUCCUGUGGCCUAUGGUUGUAAAGUUGAGUCUAUCUCCUUAAACGUGGAGGCUGUGGACACACAUCGGGAAAAGCCAGAGAAUGUGAACAUCCACCGAACAACGAAGGACGCACUGCAGACUGUCCCUCCUCACUUCUGA